GCUCCGCCCCCGGACCGCUUCGGCCUCGUGUCGAAGCACGCGCGACACUCACAACCCGUCGUCCUCGCCCGCCCGUCCCUGAUACCCUCUUUACACCGUUCUAGUCAUACCCCAUACACUGUCAAGAACGCUGGGCAUUUUCGAAGGCCCCCCGGCGCACCUGUUAGAGAACUUCGCUGUCAUGUCUAUCCCUACAGCCCCGGAGGCUGCCGAUGGCGAGGCUCCCAAAGCCCUCACAGAUUAUCGCAGUAUCAUACACGCCGCAUCUGGAGCAGGGUGCGCCAAAUGCCUAUCUCAUGUCGCAUGCAAGCCGCACGAAGAUGUCCCAGUGGGCGCCGUCAAGCUGCCUUGCGAAGAGCCAAUCGCGGAACUCCCGGUAGUCGCUAUCGAAGUACCUCGCGUGCCUCGUGUUGAGAACAAGUGUCCCGAUCGCCUCCGGUCACUACUCCCACCAGCCAACUUCGGCGCAGUGGUCCCGGGAAGCAUCUAUCGCAGCAGCUAUCCGUUGCCCGAAAAUUUCGAGUUUCUGGAGACGCUGGGGCUGAAGAGCAUAUUGACCUUGGUUCCAGAGAAGAUCCCGGACGCCAACGUGGACUUCAUGGACGCGAAUGGAAUACAACAUUUCCAUGUCCAUAUCCCCGCGAACAAGGAGACUAUACGUGUGCCCCAGUGCCAGAUGACGGCAGCACUCUCAAUUCUCUUGGACAGGCGCAACCAUCCGAUUCUGGUUCACUGCAACAAGGGAAAGCAUCGCACUGGCUGUGUAACCGGCUGCUUUCGCAAAUGCCAAGGCGAGCAAAUGGAAGCCAUCUUCGACGAAUACCACACCUACGCAGACCCCAAAGCCCGCAUCCUCGACGAAUGCUUCAUCGAAAUCUUCGACGAGCGCACCGUCCUCUGGUCGGCCCGCCAGCACAAAUGGCGUCUCCCAAGCGCAGACACGCCCGCCGCGUCCCCGGAGCUGCGCAGUCUGCCGCUGACCGUCGUGUGCCGCCAGAAUUGAUUAUCUUUGAUGGAGUUCACGCUAGUCGCGCUGGUUGGCGCCGGGCUGCUGUGGCUCUACUAUCAAUAACAGACAGCCGCCUCAGCCGACUACGGACCACCGCAAAGCGGAACUAUCUAGGAAACAAAAAACUACAAUCACGAACCGAAUGCAUGCAUUAAAUCCGGCGUUAUCGAGAAAAAGC